AGCACCAAGAAAAAAGUUUGGCGCUAUAUCAAAAUUGCAUAGGAGCGGAUCGAGGGAAGGCCCGAGCUAGUUUAAAUCCACCUAAAAGAAAUUUCGUGGGCUGGACUAUGAUUAUUGUGUGCAGCUACUUUUCACAGUGUUCCCUAUGAGUUUUCAUAAGAUGGAGGCGCACCAAUAAAAGCUUUUAUUGGUUUUCUCAAGGCCGGAUGGGCUGCUCACCGUACCACUGCACUGCAUGCUCAUUAUCUAGAGUCCAGAUGAAAUGUGUGGCCUGAAGACUCCAGAUUAUUCUCACCUUGGGCCAACAGACUUUCAGGAUGUUUACGAACCUGCGGAAGACACAUUCCUCCUCCUUGAUGCCUUGGAGAAAGAUGCCAAACUCAUCCGGAGUAUAAGGCCUUGUGUCUGUGUGGAAGUUGGUUCAGGCUCAGGAGUUGUUAUAACAUUUCUUGCUCAGUUGUUGAACAACUUCAGCAUGUGCUUGGGUGUAGAUAGAAACCCUAAAGCAGCUACAAGCACAAAGCGCACAGCCGAACAGAACGGUGUCAAAGUGGAAGUCUUGAACUCUGACCUCUUGAGUGCCCUCCAACCCCGUUUACAUGGGAAGGUUGAUGUGCUGGUUUUUAACCCUCCAUAUGUUGUAACAUCUUCAGAAGAGGUUGAAAGCUCAAGCAUCGCUUCAUCAUGGGCAGGAGGCAAGGAUGGAAGGGAAGUGCUAGACAGGCUUCUACCUCAUGUUGCCAAGCUGCUGUCUGCAGAGGGUGUAUUCUAUUUACUUUUGAUUAAGGAAAACAAUCCUGAUGAAGUUGAACAGAUCUUGGCCGCACAGAAACUUUCUUGUGAGGUUGUAUUAGAAAGACGAGCAGGACCUGAACAUUUGUCAGUGCUUAGAUUUCUUCAUGACUCGAAGAGGUGAUGGUAAUACACCUGGCAAGCUGUCUUGGAAAGCUACUUCAUGGAAAGAAUCCUAAAACAGAACAGUGCAAUUAUAGAAGGCCAGACUGGGCCAGACAGGUGUAGGACUGAAAAUGAA